GUCUAGGACCCGCGGUGCAAUGCUGGAGCCCAGCAGGCGCGCGCCAGGAACCCGCGGAGGGAGCAGGGGUUGGCGCGGGCGCUGGCGUUGACGCUGCGGGAGGGCGACUGUGGCCUAGGCGGUGGCCUUGGCCUCGGGAGGUGCGGAUGAAGUCGCCCAGGGGCUGCUAGUGGCUCCGCAGCGAGGCCUGGGAGAGCCCAGGAAGCCCGCCGCUGCCUCCAGGGCCACAACACAAGCCAGCUUGAGCAGGGAGAAACAACGGCUUUGAACCUGGACCUGUGAGCUGUUAUUUCAGCUACACUGAAGUUCUGCGAUACCAGAAGGCACGUUUAGGAAAACGAUGGAGUUUAGUGACUGCUUCAGUCUGGCCCGUCCUCACAACCCUCGCCCAGGAGACUUGAUUGAAGUGUUCCGCCCUGGCUAUCAGCACUGGGCGCUGUACUUGGGUGAUGGUUAUGUUAUCAACAUUGCACCUAUCGAUGGCAUUCCUUCAGCCUUUACAAGCGCCAAGUCUGUGUUCAGCACCAAGGCCUUAGUGAAAAUGCAGCUUCUGAAGGACGUUGUGGGAAACGACACCUACAGAAUAAAUAACAAGUACGAUACAACUCACCAACCUCUCCCCGUGGAGGAAGUGAUGCAGCGCUCCGAGUUCGCCAUUGGGCAGGAGGUGGCCUAUGACUUACUGGUCAACAACUGCGAGCAUUUUGUGACCUUGCUCCGCUAUGGAGAAGGAGUGUCAGAACAGGCCAACCGAGCAAUAAGCACCAUUGGAUUGGUGGUGGCUGCUAUUGAUAUCUUCGCGUUCCUCGGCUUGUUUCCAAAGAAACAAAGAACAAAAUAUUAGCAAUUUACUGAAGAGAUUGGAAUUGAAGGAAUCUGUGAGGAGAAAGAAAUUCUGGGGCGAAUACUUAUUUUGAACGCAUCAUAAUUUCUCCCGGUCCCCAUGAUAGAUGGCAGACUCUGUAAUAAAUUGCUUGCUGAUUUUAAUCU